AUGUCGCCUGGGGGGGGCUGUGCGCGUGAGGCGUGUGCGACAUUAUUAAGCGACGGGGCAAGCGACGGAGGAAUCUACGUUUUCGGGUGUUUCGCGCAACGGAAGCCUUCGCGACCGAUUAUUGACAUCAACCUCCCGCCUUCUUCGCUUCAUGACUCCACGUCACAGGAUUCUUCUCAAGCCCCUGCGACUCCUGGGGCCAGUGACGGCUUCAAACCUGUCGCAUGCCACGGCAUCAACAUGUUCUUCGCUCGCGACGACGUCGCAGACGCGUCGCACGGCCUCACCACUGCGACAGCCGCUCGCACACGCCCUGCCCCCGUCCCAGCUAAUGCCGUUUCUGGGCCGCAGUCCCCUGCUCCUAGAUCCGCUCUCCCCCACAGCCUUCGUCAUAAAGCCGGAAGCCGCCUGUCAUUUCCCGUGAUCAAAGAUUCGAUCGUCGUCGCGAGCGCAUGGGGUUCGCAUGAAGUGCACAGCCAUGAGCAGCAGCGCCAGAUGCAGGAUCGUCAUCAGCAGCAGACGCAGCCGCUUUAUCAGCAGAAGCGUGACGUCUGGAAAUCAGCAUGCACAGCUGAAGUGGCGCCAGAAUCGCCCGGCCGUUGGGACUCGAGCGAAGUGGACGACGGAGCUGCGGCGCAGAGUAAUGGAAUCGUGAAGACCUGCGCUCACUGCGGCACGUCCAAAACGCCUCUCUGGAGAAACGGCCCUCCCGGACCCAAG